AUGUGGACGACAGUUGUGUUAGUGGUGGUGUGUGUGGUAGCGGCUCCCUGUACACAUGCCAGGCGAUAUGACUUGGAAUGUGAGACUCUUCCCUCAACCAUACACGUGGCUAAAGAGGAGUUUGACGAAGCUGGACGUGUAGAGCGGACUUGUGAGGAGGACUUGGCCGUCAACAAGUGUGAGGGAGCCUGUGUGUCCAAAGUCCAACCUUCAGUCAAUACUCCUUCUGGUUUCCUCAAGGACUGUCGCUGUUGCCGGGAGACACACCUCAGGGCUAGGGAGGUCACACUAACUCACUGCUAUGAUGCUGACGGCAACAGACUCACCGGGGACCGAGGCACACUAGUCAUCAAACUACGAGAACCUGCUGAUUGUCAGUGCUUCAAGUGUGGCGAUUCUACACGAUAGUUAGCUACAUUUUUACCUAAUUACCUACCUAUAUACCCCCCUCCCUUACUCACUCCCUGACCAGCUAACUGACCGUAUAGUUCACCAUGAUCUUUUUAAAUUCCUGACGCUAAUAAAUAUCCCGAAAAUUCCUGAUCCCUACCAUAUGGAAUCAAUCUACAAUUAACACCCACACCUACUACCACUACCAUCAACACUUAGUACUUUACACGGUUGCAUUUCUAUACAAGACUCUACUGUGAAUAGCUGAGAGUGUUGCACCGUCUACUAUAUCUAUAUAUAUUUUUCAAUGUUAUAUUCCACACAGCUGAAUUUUCCACCUACACGUCGAAAAGCAAGAUUUAUUAUGGAGUGUCAGGUUGAUAUUUGACUGAUUAACUAACAGAUUGAAUGAUUGAGAACUGCAUCAAUUAGUUCACUGAUUAUUAGAAUUAUUAAUUAUAUCAUUGACUGAGAAUACCGCAUCUGUUGGUUGAGUUGUGACUAUGCUAACUGCCCCCACCCCCACGACACUACUCCACCAAUUCAGUCAAGUACAGUUGUUACUGAUGCUACUGAACUACUGAACGCUGCUGCUGUUACUACUUGACGGAGUGUGCAUAUCAAAAUAUAUCCACAUAUUAAUUAGCUAUAUAUUAAAGGACAGGUUAUAUAUACACUGUUUAGAUAUUAUUGAAUAGUUUUACGCUUACCUGUAUUGUAGUGGAUAAAGGACUUAGCUUAAUGGAAAUGUAAAAAAUAUAUAAUGUUUAAUGUUUAAGAAUAAGUAUACACCUCCAAUGUUGAGAAAUGUAUUGAGAAAAAUGCCUCCAUGACUAACAAUUAAAGAAACAAUACUGCUACUGCCUCACACCUAUUAACAACUGCUGCUGACCACCCAUUGACCUGAGAAUUAAUGUUAAUAUAGUGGUGAGUGUUGUCAAAGCAUUAAAAAAGGAGGAACAAGAAUAUUUUGAUGUUGCUUGUAGCUAUUUUAAUGUACACACGUUCAUAAUGUAUCGAUAUAAUAUAAAGUUUAAUAUAAAA